AUGGCUCGGACCAGGCAGACGUUGAGGGCUUCCACUGGCGGGAAGGCACCUCGUCGAGCGAUUGCCACCAAGGCGGCCCGUCUUUCGGAUCGCGUCUCCUUUGCCUCAGGCCGCGUGGUUUCCGCGUCGCCUGAGCCUUCGGCCGCGUUCGUUUCGUCGCGGAGAAAUGAGCAAGCACUGUCUGACGAUAACCGGCAAACUGUAACCUCGAGUGUAUUACGUCAUUUUUCAUGGACCAAGACGACUUACCAUCCUCAACGGGUACUCCCGGACCUGACUUCCAGUGAAGUCUUUCCAGAACCAGAUCGAGAAACAAGUUGGGCAUGCUUUCAUCACCCUUUGGCUCGACCAACUCGUCAUUUACGUGACUGUCGCAUCAACUGA